UUUAAUUCUUUUAUUCUAACUGUCGUUGUGUUGCGGUGAUUUGCAGACUAAUAGGCAUAGUUUAGAUAGAGACCAAUUCUAGUAAUGCGUCAUUGAAAUAAAUACCUAAAUACGUUUCUCACGCGCGUGUAUCCAAAUUUAGCAACUGAUGUCAUGCCAUUUCAAUUCAAAAUUGCAUCAGUCAUUUAAUUUAGCUUUUAUUUGCUUUCACAGAACUAAAGAGUGACCUGUCUUUAUAAAUAACUUCAUUUUUCUUUCUUUAUAAAUGCGAUGACACCCAAAGUUCUUUCAUUUUACGCUCUCAUUGUAUGAACAUUCCAUAAAGUAAAUGGCAUUUAGCGAUCUAAAACUAAUUAGGCCUACUUUGUAAAUCUUGGUAAAGUUAAAGAAUGUUCUUUUGGUAGUAGGACUAUUACUGUCAUUCAAUUGCUAACAAUUUCGGUGGGGUUUGAGUGAUUGUUACGUUUCAAUUUCAAUUUCGGCGGAAUGAUAUUUAUAUUCGAUCUACCAGCUUGGAGAAUAGAUCUAGAUCUAAACUCAUUAUGCUUUGGAUAUUGCCUAAUAAGCAGAUUUAAAAAAUAUGGACAUCGCCCACAUCCUGAUUACCCGUACAUGUAGGCUUAUAUGUGCCCUACUGCCUUAACUAGACAGUGGUUAUGAUUCAUUGAAAUGCACGUAUUGUUCUCGCCUGCUGACCUACAAUGACACGUGACCCUUACUCACCACUUACCCCUUUAAUUACCUCGUGUGUUCCGCCUUAAGUGGACGCCAUUACGUGGCUGUAAAAUUUGAGAAUAGAUUCCUUAUUUGGCUAGCCUCUCAUUUAGUGUUUCCCAUUCUUUUGAUCUCCCAGAGCCUAUCACAUUUUUAUUUCUUCACUGAAGUAUCUGUAUCUCAGUAUUAUGCUGCAUACUAGACUUUACAUGGGAUUGGAUGACGCCGAUAAUGAUGGAGUUACAAUAAUAGACCAUGAGCAUUGGGGAGGUGAUUGGCAGCACUAACACAGACGCCAUGGGCAAGAAACCCGGGAAACGCCCCGGAAGGAAACCCUCCAAAAUAGAUGAGCGGGCCAAGCUCGAGAGAAGUCGUCAGAGUGCCAGAGAAUGCAGGGCCCGCAAGAAGCUUAGAUAUCAGUACCUGGAGGAGUUGGUCCUCAACAGAGAGAAAGCAGUAUACGCUCUGAGGGAAGAACUUGAAACAUAUACACAAUGGUGCUUAGCACUGGACAAAGGAGGACCGGUUCCUGACAACUUGAUCAAGGCCAUUGUCAACAAUGAAAUUGCUCAGAAAAAUCAACAAAUUCGUCUUUCCCAACAACUGUUACAACGUCAACAACGUCAACAGCAGCGGAUUCCAUCUUCACAAUCUUCUACAUCUUCUUCCCCUCCCACAACCAGCCAACAACAUGAGAUACACAAAACUUCAUCACCAGAAAGCCAACUUCAGCGCUAUCUUCCAAACCUUUCCCCCCCUCUGCAACCAGCACAGACUUAUUCACAAAUGCAGGCUAAACAGCUAAGCAAGCAUCAGCCAUCCACUGGCCCACUUCUAGUUCGACAACAAGCUUUUGAUAUGUCAUACUCUGAGGAUAUACCAUCAUCAUCUCAAAUGAUCCAAUCAAAUUUAGUUCAUCCCACAAAUUCAGCUUCAUCUUCCACAUCUCAUCUUCUGUUUCCUCAAACAACUGCCUCAUCUACUCAGCCGUCAUUGGCAGCUCAACAAAGAAGCCAUCUUCAAUUUGGGCCCCGUGUUCACAGUGAGCCCCCGUUUCAUUAUGAAGGCAUUCAACAAACUACAAACUACAUGCCGGGGGUUCAAGGGUCACCCACCAGCAGUGCUUGUGCUUCUUCAAGCAAUGUACAAUUCAGAGCAAGAUCAUCCAGCAAUCCUUCAACGUUUAUGUCCUACCGAAGAGCCAAUGUGAACACUUCUAAUCCUCACAGUAUCAACACACCAAAGUCUCAGACUGCAACUGUGUCCAGUCUGGGCUUGGGGCUGUUCAGUGGCACAGAAGUGUCCAACAGAAUACCAUCCUUCGUUACAGCUGAUGAAGGCAGUUCUUCAGACGAGAACAUUGACAGCCAAGAAUUAUUUCAAUUGUCAGCACAGAACAAGAGGUUAGCUACUCAGCCACUCUUUAAGGAUUCCUCUAAAAGAUUACAAGCAGUAGCACCUAUACAAAAUAUAAACCAGUCUCAGAACUUUGAUGCUUUGGACAGUUUUGUCAAUAUCACAAACUUUGGUUUAAGCAGCACAUCCUCUUCACCUUUGUCCUUCGGCACGUCACCCAUUAGAACAGCUUCACCCUCUUCCAUUAAGUACUCUGGAAGGAUUACACCUUCGUCGACAACAUCAUCCCCUGCACCCUCGUCAACUAUGUCAUCGGUAAUGGAGUUCGCUCAGUCACCGCUGACUUAUCCUUCUUUUGAAAGGACUAGCCACACUUCAUCUUGUCUGCCACCAACUUGCAUAUCAUCGGACGUCUCUGCUGACACAUCAAUGCCCAUAUCAAGCUUGGCUGCCGAGCUAAGUGCCAGCAACCCUGAACCUUUCUCCAUCUAUUCCUACCUUGACGACCUCAGUAACCUUCCAAGUUUAAGUUCCUUGUUCACCGGGGAUACAUCCAAUCAGAAUGUAACUGCAACUGGAUCAAAUCAACCACCUGCUUCAGAUCCAUCAUACUUGAAUGUACCCAAUAUUAUCGAUGAGUAUCUUGAUUAAUGUUUUUUUUGUGGUACAAAUAUAUCUGAUCACUUGCUUUGCACCAUAUAUUUAAUAAUUUAUUGCUUCAUCUUUGCCACAUUUAAUACAUAUUUCUUUUUUUUUUGUUUUGAAUGUUUGUUAUUUAUAAGUUGUUAAAAACCUCAAAAGUUUUUUUUCUCUUAAGAACGAUUUGUGUUCAAAUCAAUCUCUUUUAUUUUAUCUCUUGUCUGUGAAACUGCUGAAAAAUUAAACUGUGUUGCUGUAUUAAAA